AUGUCUGCUCAACCAGCACCUCCCACAAUUCCUCUUCUUACUCCCUACAAACUGGGAAACUUCGAUCUUUCUCAUAUGAUUGUUUUAGCACUGCUGACUAGACAAAGAUCGUACAACAAUGUUCCUCAGCCACAUGCCGUCUUAUAUUACUCGCAGAGAACAUCAAAAGGGGGUCUUCUUAUAGCUGAAGCUGUCGAAGUUUCGAAUACUGCUCGAGGGUACGCGGAUAUGCCUGAUAUUUGGACAAGGGAGCAAGUCGAAGCAUGGAAACCUGUUGUUGACGUUGUUCACACUAAGGGCGGUGCCUUCUUCUGUCAGAUUUGGCAUGCGGCAGGGUUUCAAAUAGUGAUUUCUCCUCUGUCGACGUCAAUGACUUUCCUCGCCCAAGCUUCUGCUACCAUUUCCAUCUCAUUCAAGCCCACUUUGGCACCUGGCAGCAUGAGCUCUGGUUUGAAAUCAGUUUCCUUUUCCGUCACUGGAAAGCGUUUUCCAUCUCUGAGUUCCCAACCUAGGCGCCUCCAAAUUUCUUGUGCGGCCAAACCGUAG